AAUGUAUAAUAAUAUAUAACAAUUAGGAAGUUCCUUACUGAGAAAGAAAAGUAAUUAUAGCUUUGAUUUAUAGUGGUAAAUAGAAGAAUAAGAAAAUUUUGAAUCAAAAAUAAGAGUCAGAAACAAUUAGAGAGGAAAUCAUAUAUCAUGUAUAAAUAUGUUAUUGAAAUGUAGAAUCUCUAUUUUCCUUAUAAUAAAGUCCAUUGUGAUAAUUGUGAAAAAGAUAUCACUAAAUAAGCAAGAAUACUUUGUGUUAGAUGUCCUAAUUCAAUUGAUAUAUGUAUGAAUUGCUUUUUAAAUUUACAUGAAUUUGGUAUAAUAAUUUAAUAAAUUUAAAGCAUCACACAAUAUUGGCCACUCAUAUUCUAUUAUCAAUAAAUUAAACUUCCCAAUAUUUGUAGAUGAUUGGACUGCAGAAGAAGAACUAUUAUUAUUAGAAGGAUUAGAAAAGAAAGGAUUUGGUAAUUGGCAAGAUAUAGCAGAAAUGUUGGGAAAUGAAAAAUCAUAAGAAGAAAUGGCAUAACAUUAUGAUGAUAUUAUUUUAAGUGGAAAAUUUAGGAAUGUUUGUUUAUAUAACUAAAUAUUAUUAGAUGACUCUCUUAUCAAAAAGGAAUUAAGAUACAUUAGAGCUAAUCAAACCAAAAAGAAUUUUGCAUGCAUCUAAACGGAUGAAGGAAGAAUAAAGUAUUGUAAAGGGAGGGAGAUUGACACCUAAUAUGACAUCACAAAGUGGAUAGGAAAUUGUAGGAUUUAUGCCAAAAAGAGGGGAUUUUGAUAUUGAAUUUGAUAAUGAUGCUGAACUACUUUUGGCAGAGAUGGAAUUUAAUGAUGAUGAUUAACCUUAUGAAAUUGAAAUGAAACUUAAAGUUCUUGAUAUAUACAAUAUUAGAUUGGAUGAACGUUUAAAAAGAAAAAAUUUUGUAAUUGAAAGGGAUUUGUUAAAUUAAAAAAAAUAAAAUAAUUAUGACAAAUAAAGAAGUAAAGAGGAGAAAGAAUUAUAUAAUUUAAUGAAACCAUUUGCAAGAUUUAAUAAACAUGAUGAUCAUGAAAGAUUUGUAUAAAAUUUGAUUAAGGAAAAAUAAUUAAGAGCAAAAAUAGAGGAACUUAGAUUUUAUAGAAAAUUAGGGAUUAAGACAUUUGAAGAGGUUGAAGAGUAUUUAUCUAAUAAAAGAAAGAAAGAUGAAUAGAAUCAAAAGAGAAUAAAAUAAAAUGAAGCAUUUGUUUAUGAUUCUUAAAAAUAACGAUUUUUAUAACGUAGAACAAGGUUUGUUCCUUUAAUGGAUGGAAAAGAUAAAAACAAAUAAGGACCUUAAUUUUGUGAAGAAGAAUAAUAAUUAUGUUAGAAAUUAGGAUUAAGUGAAUAAGAAUAUAUGAUACUUAAGGAGGUUAUGAUAAGAGAAUCAGUGAAAAAUGGGAUGAUCAAAAAGGAUCAAACACUUUAAAAUUUUAAGCUUGAUAAAGAGCGUAUAACAGGAGUUUUUGAUUAUUUGAUUGUUAAGGGAUUAAUUCAUGAUUAAGAAUGA